AUGAUUGACGAAUCGCUACCUGUGGCGGAGGAUGUGGUCUCACGAUCGGACGACAAAAACUUGUCCUCGGAGAUGCGCCGGCACAUUGCCGACGGCUUCAUCUUCUUCGAUUGGUUCUCCAUCCCCCAACAGUCUCCCAAACAUGAGGGAAGCCCCAACAACGGUGCCAUUCUGGCAGUCCGUAGCAUCCCAGCCUACGUGGAGCUCUCCAGUCUUUUCAUCGCCCUGGUCCCCGAGCUCAGACACAAGGAGUUCCCGGAGUUGGUGAACUAUGCUACAUGGCUGUCUAGAGGUUGGUGUCGCGCUGAACUCUGGUGCCGGCUCUUAUCCAACAAGCUCGACACCUCGAUUAUCGUCGUCUACUCUGCCACUGAAGCUGAGUUCCUCAGUCCCUUAGACUGGCACAACCGAAGCAUCGUGGAGGGCGAGUUCACCGUAGAGGCCGACCGAAAGGCCGUGGUGCGCCUUGGGGAGGUGGCUGUGGAGAGCAAGAUCCGACAUCUGCAGGAGAAUGGGCCCCUGAACCAGUAUCGCUUCUAUGCUGCACUUCGCCCCCAGCUCCUCUGCAAGGAGCGGAAGGAUCAGAGCGUAGAUGAGUUUCUGCAGCGAUUCUGUUACGAUACCUGGGACAUGGCUCUGCAAGACAGCAGCGGCAUGAAUGCAGUCAUGUGUGCCGUGAUGUCUGGUGACACGAAGAUGUUAAAGCUGCUGGCCCAGUGUCGGGCCGAUAUGAAUCACACUCUCCAGGGCAUGGGGGAUCUGGGAUACUAUGAUACACAGACGGUGCUCAUGGCCGCAACGAAGUCGCAGCAACAUCCCUCGGUGCUGCAGACCCUGAUUGAGCUCGAGGCGGAUGUCAAUGCCCGUGCACGGACGGGCCUCGUCGCUCUGUACAUGUGCCGCUCCCCGGAGCACGUGAAGGUGCUCUUGGAGCACUGGGCGGAGAUGCCCCACUUCGUGCUCACCGGCGUUGCCUCCUUUGCCUGCCCAGAGACCGUCCGAGCGCUUCUCUCCUGGCGAUGUGACCCCAACCAAACUGGCGAUCCCAGUUCUGGGCCAGGCUUCGGGCCUCUGCAUGCAGUGGCCCUCUUCUCGCGCCGGAACCGCCGGGCGGUGGCGACGGCGAAGCUGCUUCUGGAGCACCGUGCCGACAUCAACGCGCGGAAGGAGAUCUCCGGAAUCCUCAUGAGGCAGCACUUGCAUGCGCGCGCCCACUUGGCGGUCUACGGCUUCGCUUCUUGCAAUAUGGUCAUGAGACUGCGGGCCUCCAUGGCGGGCUUGUCCCCCCUGGGCUACGCAGCCAUGGUGGGUCACGAAGGGCUUACGAAGCUGUACUUGGAGCACGGUGCAGAUCCCAUGCCAAACGAUCGUGGCGACUCUCCUGCCGACCUGGCCCGUAACAACCACCACUACCAUCUCUUGCCAUUCUUGGAAGUCUCUUCCGUGCCUCUUUGA